AUGGUUAAGUUGGAUAAAAGCCCAAGCUUUGGUUUUGAGCACCCGACCCGACCGACCCGACCCGAUCGACCCGAACCGACCCAACCCGGCGCCCAUUUAAGUCUUUUGCAGCAAAUUCCCCACACAACAUUGUCGUCCAGAACAAGAUUUUCCGCCUCCACGAACGCCUUGCGUAAGAAGAAACCGUCUCCGUCUCCGGAGACAGAACCUACCUCGAUGCUUUUAUCACUUCCUUACGAUCUCCUAUUAAAUUGCUUAGCACGAGUUUCCAAAUUACAUUACCCAACUCUCUCCCUCGUCUCCAAAACAUUCAAAUCCGUCAUUGCUUCACCGGAGCUUUACGAGACACGUUCACUCAUAAAUCGUACAGAGAGUUGUCUCUAUCUCUGCUUACGUUUCCCUUUAGACCCAAACACAUAUUGGUUCACUCUUUGUCGAACACCAAACCGUGGCAAUCUUUUAGUCCCAAUCCCAUCUCCACAUUUGCCUCCUACAGAAUCUUCGUGUCUCGUAGCUGUUGGUUCGGAAAUAUACAAACUUGGUGGUGAUAGAGUCUCUUCUUGUAGAGUCUCUGUUCUUGAUUGUAAGUCGAAUAAGUGGCGUCAAGCUCCAAGUAUGCGAGUGGACCGGAGUUAUUCUUUGACAGCGAGCUCACUUGAUGGGAAGAUAUAUGUAGCAGGAGGUUGUGAAGAUGUCAAUUUCUCUAAUUGGGUCGAAGUUUUUGAUCCAAAGACUCAAACUUGGGGGUCUGUUAUGAAUCCUGGUAUCGAUAAACGCCAUGGAGGUGAGAUCAAAAGCUUAGGACUUGAUGGGAAGUUUUAUCUGUUUGGGGAUGAUGAGUUUGUGGUUUAUGAUCCUAAGGAAGGUAGAUGUAACACAAUAGGAUUAGAUAGUGAUAUGGCUUGUGCAGUAUCCUUUAGUGACAGUGUGGUAGAUGAAGUUUUGUUCUUUUGGGAUGAUGGGGUGUUUAAAUGGUAUGAUUCUAAGGCAAGGUUAUGGAAGAAACUGAAUGGUGUUGAAGGAUUGCCUGAUUUUUGUCAUUGUUUAAUGGUGGAUGUUGGUGGGAAGAUGAUGGUUUUGUGGGAUGAGUUUGUGUAUUAUUCCACUAGACUUCAGGAGAAUGUGAUUUGGUGUGCGGAGAUUUCGCUUGAAAGAAGAGGUGAUGGAGAUGAGAUUUGGGGGAAAGUUGAGUGGUUUGAUGCUGUGCUUCCAGUCCAUAAAUCUUGUCACUUGGUGUAUGCGGCUGGUCUCUCUGCUACUCUUUGAUGGAAGAUAUGGCUUAUAUAGUUAAUGCGGGUAGUGUCAUUUUGUUUCUAUUAGUAUGUGACUAUGAUGAAUGUUUUGGUUUAUGUUUUUAGAGAACGCAAUUGGCAUUGUUUCACUUCCAUGCAUAUGCUCUCACAAAAUGUCUUUGAAAACACCUUUUUCUGUUGCAUAAAUUAUAAGAUACGGUUCUCUUUA